CUCCGGCCACAACCUUUCCCAGCCCGCAGCCACAGGGAAGUGAAGCACAAGUGCCUUGGUGGCUCUGUCGUGCUCAGGAAGUCACGCCUCGGGAGCGAGGGCUGUGCCCGAGAGCCGGGCUCGAGGAGCCUGCCCAGCCCGGCCUGGGGACCCGAGCCGGGCAGCAGCAGCUGGAACACAUCUGGAGCGCCGAGGGCUCAGCAUCGGCUGCCGGACGGAGCUGAGCGCCCGGAGACUUUGGCAGCUCCGGCCGGGAUUUGGCAGCAGCUGGAGGAAGCAGGGGACGUUUGGGUGUGAGCUGGCUGGUGAGUCACUGCACAAAGGCACCUGCUCCUGCUGCCCGCGGCCAGCCGCGCUCGGGGCAGGUGCCGGCCGAGAGCAGCUCCUCGGGAGGGCCCCGCAGCCCCCAGGAACAGUUUUUAGGUCGUUCACCAUGAGGGUGGCUGUGCUCCUGCUCCUGGGGCUGCUGGCAGCAGAAGGCAGAAGGAACAGGUGUUUCUUCAACCGCACUAAGGAGCACUGUGUGUGCUACAACCUGACCGAGGAAACCAUCGGCAGCAUCAUCCAGUGCCUCCCUGCAAAUGUGGUGGAGUUUCAGGGUGGAGAUGUGGAGAAAUACAUAGCCUUCCCAAUCAGGGACCUGACCCCCUCCAUCAUUGAGACUCUGGACUCCCUCAUUAUCAAGAAAAUAAUUAUUGGAAAUGUCCUGGUGCCUGAGAUACUCCUCGCCCGUGUGCUGAGGUUCUUCUCCUACACCCAUGUGCAGGAGCUGGCCUUUGAGAGCUGCGUUUUCCAGGGGACAGGUGACUGGAGUGACAUGGAUGGCCAGAGCUUGCCCAUAGUUUCCCUGAGCUUCCACAACGUGACAUCUGCCCCUCUGACGGGCCGUGAGCAGGCCUUCUCCAGCCUGAGCAGGUGGCUGGAGACCCUGCAGGAGCUGGCUGUCACCGGCUCCCGUGUCACCAGCCUGCCCUGUGCCAUCGGGAGGCUGUUCAGAGCUCUGCUCUCCCUGAACCUGGCACAGAACAGCCUCGGCGAUGGGAGCCUGGCCCUCACCUUCUGCCAGGGAGCUUUUCCUCGGCUCCAGGAGCUGAGUCUGCACCACAACAACCUGAGCUCCUACAGCAGCGUGUGUGAGGGCGUGGGGCUGCUGCCGGAGCUCCGGCACCUGGAUCUGAGCCACAACGAGCUCGUGGCAGACCCAUCCUCCUCGUGCCAGUGGCCAGCAUCCCUGCGGCGUUUUAACCUGUCCAACGCUGCCUUGGCUGAAGUGCCGACACCGCUGCCUCCCCGCCUCGAGGUGUUGGACAUGAGCCACAACCAGCUCCGUGCUGUAGACACCUCCCUCAGCUCCUUGAAGAAGCUCUUCCUGAAUCAAAACCUGCUGCAGGCCGUCCCCUCCGUCAGGAAUUACCCCGUGCUGGACACCCUUCACCUGGACAACAACUCCAUUUCGGAGCUGCCGAGGGAGGAGGUGAAGCUCCUGGGGCGCCUGCAGGACGUGGCUGUGGCUGACAACCCCUUCAGCUGCUCCUGCUCUGGGGCCAGGGGGCUGCAGGCGCUGGCGGCCACGGGGCACCUGGGGCAGGGCUGGCCCGGGGACUACAGGUGCCAGUCCCCAGCUGAGUACCAGGGCUGGCAGGUGGCCCAGGUGCCGGUGUCGGUGCUGCGCUGUCACCUCGGUGCCGUGGUGACCCCGCUCUGCGUCAUCCUCGCCCUGCUCGGUGUGGCUGGGGCCGUCUGUCUGGUCAGGACCAGGCCCUGCCGCAGAGCCUGAGGGGCCCUGGGACCCUUCCCACCCUUCCCACCCCCAGGGGCUCCGUGGGAAGGCUCUCAGGUCCCCGUUCUGCUGAGGGGCUCUUGGUGUCCCCACGCUGGUGGAGCAGGGCUGUCUGCAGGGUUAUCCCACUGCCCCAAGUUUUGGGGCACCCCUCACUUUGAGCCCCGUGCUGUGCUCUGACCCAGAGCCUCACCCUCCCAUGGGGGAUUUCCCUGUGGCCAGCUCCAGCUCCCCAAGCCCCAACACUGCCCCAGCUGCCCUGGACAAGAGGAGUUCAGCUCCAUCACAUUCCCACUGGUAGCGCUCAGGUGCCCCAAGCCUUGCUGGGGUCUGCCCAGAGCCCCCCCAGACCUCUUAGCCCCAGCAGCCCAGCCAUCCUUGGAGCCUCCAUGGCCCCUGUGCUGAUCCUCCCUCUCCUCACCCGGGGCUGUGGCUGGGCCAGCAUGUCAGCUUUGGCAGGAUGCUGCUUGGCUGCUCCUCAGCCUAAGAGAAAAACCGAAAAACCACAAAAGACAGGAAAAUUACUAAAUUAAACACCCCUGCAUGCAAAUGCUAAUGAGCUGGAGCAGCUCCUUAUACCUGGACCUGAGGCACUGGGGAAUGAGUCCAAGUGGGACCUUGAGGAGGUUCAACCAGAAACUUUUUAAGUGAUAAGAGGAAAACUGAUUUAUUCUGGGUUCUGGGUUAUUCAGAGAAUAUCUCACAGUAAAGAGAAAAUGGAUUAUGGAAUGCUGAAGGAGAGCCCUGGAAUGCAGGACUGGGGAAUAUUCAAAGGAAGGGGGUGGGUAGGGAAAGGACAAGUGUGGGAAAGUGGGGAUGGGAGAGAAUCAUAGAAUCACAGGGUAGUUUCAGUUGAAAGGUACCUUAAAGCUCAUUUCAUUCCACACCCUGCCAUGGACAGGGAUACCUUCCACUAUCCCAGCUUUCUCCAAGCAG